AUGAGUGGACCACCAGCUAUUGUAUUUACCGAUUGGGACGGAACUGUGACUCUCCAGGAUUCCAAUGAUUAUUUAACCGAAAACCUUGGAUUCGGUAAACCAAGAAGACUUGAAAUCAACGACGAAAUAUUGAAUGAGAGAGUUUCUUUCCAAGAGGGUUUCACCGAGAUGUUGAAAUCUAUUCCAACUCCAUUUCCAGAAUGCAUUGAGUAUUUGCUCAAACACAUCCAAUUGGACCCGGGGUUCAAAGAUUUUUACCACUGGUGCUUCGAAAGAAAUAUUCCGGUCAUUGUUAUCAGUUCUGGUAUGAAGCCAAUUAUCCAUGCCUUGUUAAAAAACUUGGUUGGUGACGAAGCUAUCAAAAACAUUGAAAUUAUCAGUAACGAGGUGGAUGUUAAAGCGGAUGGCAGCUGGAACAUUGUCUACAAAGAUCCAGAGACCUCUUUUGGCCAUGAUAAGUCUAAGUCUAUUAGAGAGUACUUAGAACGUAAUGGUUACUCGAGUCAGAACGUGCCAUUAUUGUUCUAUUGUGGUGAUGGUGUUAGUGAUUUGUCUGCGGCAAAGGAGACUAACUUGUUGUUUGCUAAACAUGGUAAGGACUUAAUCACUUACUGUAAUAGAGAAAACAUCCCAUAUACCGAAUUCAACAGCUUUGAAGAUAUAUUGAGUAAAGUCACUAAGAUUGUUGAAGCCAAAGGUAAAAAUAUCAAUGAGUUUUUAGAAAACCAUUAA